AUGAAUCGUCUAUGGAAAAAAUGGCAACAGCUAUUGGAAACAAAUCCAGAAGAAGAAGGUACUCUCCAGAUUUACAUAAACAAAUAUGGCGAUUUCCGUAAACUUUUCAAUGAUGCCAUUUCUACUCUACAAAAGUUGGACAAUGAGCGACCAUUCAAAGAAAAAGAAAUCGAGAAAAGAAAACUAGAAUUCAACCCGUAUACGGAAUCUGAUGCUGAAUCACUGCAGUCGACAGAGCAGUCAAUGUCAUCUCCUAUACUACCUGCCGCUGCAGUUUCUACCGAUAUACAACCACGUAUCCAGCAUCCACUUUCAACAGCAACUCAAAAUCUGUCAUUCGUCGAUGCCCCAAUACUUAGCAAACAGGAUCUUCCCGUUUUCGAAGGCAAUCUUUUGGAAUUUCCAGAACACUGGGCUCGCUUUUCUACUCUAGUCGGAGACAAACCUCAAUUGGAUGGUGCCACAAAACUCUCACUUUUGAAGUCAACUUUGCGAGGUAAAGCACUACAAACAAUCAAAGGUUAUCAAUUACGUCAACGAAUUAUCCCAUAG